AUGGUUGGCGUAGACGAACACCCGUACUCGAACGAUGCACUACAAUGGCUGCUGGACGAGUUUGUCGACGAUGGAGAUGAGGUAGUCUGCGUGCGCGUCGUUGAGAAGGACGUCAGGUCCGUCGGCGCGAAGGACUACCAGGACGAAGCGAAUGCAAUGAUCGCCAAGAUCCAAGAGAAAAGUGGCACCAGUCGUGCUAUCAGCAUCGUGCUAGAGUACGCUGUCGGCAAGCUGCACUCGACGUUCCAGCGACUGAUUCAAAUGUACCAACCUUCAAUGCUUAUCGUGGGCACAAGAGGCAGAUCGCUGGGUGGCAUGCAAGGUCUUCUCAACACAAGGAAUUCAUUCUCGAAAUAUUGUCUCCAAUACUCGCCGAUUCCCGUCGUUGUAGUCAGGCCUGAUGAGAAACGACAAAAGAAGAAGGAUAAGCGAAGUCAGGAUCCGGACAAACAGAGCUACAUUAAGAUGCUUGCGAUCAACCGGGGACUGCAUGAGGCCGAUAGUGACAAUAGUAGCCUGUACGACAUAGAGACGAAACUAUCCGCCGAUGAAGAAGCGCACAAGGUUGCCGCAGCCAUUGGCCUGCCCGCGUCGUUCGACCCCACCCUCAAACCGAUCAAGGAGAAGUCACCACAAGGACCUCGCCAGUCAGUGGCUUCUGCCUUGCAAGCACUCGACACCCCCGAUGACGAGCUCGGCCGGGUUGUUGCCACACCCACCGCUGUUGCUCCCGACAGUGGAGAUGAGAGUGGUGACGACGACGAGGACGACGAAGCAGAGUUCGAUGUUGCGAGCGGCUCUCAGAUCCUCCAGUCCCAGAAGAAAGAGCGACUUCACGAGAUGGAGGUCGGCGAGGCAGCGGCACUGCUCAAGAGUAAUCCGGUCAUCGAGGAGACUAGCAGUAGUGAUGAAGAUGACGAAGACGGCGGUGGAGAGAUUGGAAAGCAGAGUUCGUCAAGUACAUAA